AUGACUCUGGAGUCCAUGAUGGCUUGCUGCCUGAGCGAAGAGGCGAAGGAGUCGAAACGAAUCAAUGCAGAAAUUGACAAACAACUCCGCCGUGACAAGCGAGACUCCAGGAGAGAGUUGAAAUUACUGCUGCUUGGUACGGGAGAAAGUGGCAAGAGUACUUUCAUCAAGCAGAUGAGGAUCAUCCAUGGAGCCGGAUACUCGGAUGAAGAUAAAAGAGGCUUCAUUCGACUUGUUUACCAAAACAUCUUCACCUCCAUGCAGUCCAUGAUCCGCGCCACUGAGACCCUCAAGAUCCCCUACAAGUAUGAAGAGAAUCGGGCUAAUGCCAUGCUUGUGAAGGAGGUGGACAUUGAGAAGAUCACAAAUUUUGACCAACCACACAUUGCAGCUAUUAAAAGCCUGUGGGCUGACCCAGGAAUCCAGGAGGCCUACGACCGCCGCAGAGAAUACCAGCUCUCUGACUCCACUAAAUAUUAUCUUUCGGAUCUGGAUCGUAUUGCAGAUCCCAACUAUCUUCCCACACAGCAGGAUGUACUCAGGGUGCGCAUCCCCACUACAGGAAUCAUAGAGUAUCCCUUCGACUUGCAAAGCAUCAUUUUCAGGAUGGUAGAUGUAGGGGGCCAGAGGUCAGAGAGGAGGAAGUGGAUUCACUGCUUUGAGAAUGUCACUUCAAUUAUGUUUCUUGUGGCGCUGAGUGAGUAUGACCAGGUCCUGGUGGAGUCAGACAAUGAGAACCGCAUGGAAGAGAGUAAGGCUCUGUUCAGGACUAUCAUUACCUACCCCUGGUUUCAAAACUCCUCUGUCAUCCUCUUCCUCAAUAAGAAAGACCUGCUUGAGGAGAAGAUUUCCUAUUCACACUUGGUGGACUACUUUCCUGAGUUUGAUGGUCCCCAGAGAGAUGCACAGGCGGCACGGGAGUUCAUCCUCAAGAUGUUUGUGGACUUGAACCCAGACAGCGACAAGAUUAUCUACUCUCACUUCACUUGUGCCACGGACACUGAGAACAUCCGCUUUGUGUUUGCAGCUGUCAAAGACACCAUCCUACAGCUCAAUCUCAAAGAGUACAACUUGGUGUGAGGGCUCACAUGCGACCCACAUCUCCUCCCCCACUGCACAAAUGCACACCUCUUUGGGAAUGUGCUGUCAACUCCACAUGCAUUACACAGCGCAUCACUCCAGCUCACACACAGACACAAACACGCACCCCCCCCCCCCCCCAACAGAAC